AUGCCGAAUUCAAAUAUUGGUUUAGACUUGUUGUGUUCAUGCGGUAAAAAAAAGUUGAACUUAAAUGAAACGAAUUGGAAGCGACAUAUUUCGUCCUGUAAAUCAGAAGAGAGACUAAAAAUCUCAAAAACAUGCAAUAAUUUAACCAAUUAUUUUUCAAGAAAAAGAGAUAAUUCUACAGUGUUUGAUGGACUUGAUGGAACAUCAUUGCAAAAGAGAAAAUCAAAUUUGCACAAUAUUUUUAAUCAAAACCGCAAAGUCAAUGAUUUAAAAGGAACUGAUAAAGCAUGUGGUAUAUCUAACGAAGACCAGAUCUCUGAACUUGCUAAAUCAUCAGGUACAACAAGUUUAAAUGACAUUGUUGUCAAUGUCAAUGAAGAUCACAUUUCUGGAGUUGAUGAUUUAGAAGGAACUGAUAAAGCAUGUGGUAUAUCUAACGAAGACCAGAUCUCUGAACUUGCUAAAUCAUCAGGUACAACAAGUUUAAAUGACAUUGUUGUCAAUGUCAAUGAAGAUCACAUUUCUGGAGUUGAUGAUUUAGAAGGAACUGAUAAAGCAUGUGGUAUAUCUAACGAAGACCAGAUCUCUGAACUUGCUAAAUCAUCAGGUUUAGGUACAACAAGUUUAAAUGACAUUGUUGUCAAUGAAGAUCACAUUUCUGCAGUUGAUGAUUUAGAAGGAAGUGAAAAAGCUUGCAAAAUUUCUAAUGAAGACCAGUCUCUUACUAUUUCUGUUGCAAAAGAAGUUGGUAUCGAAGAAAAAGAUCCUAUAAAAAUAAUUGCAUCUGGACCAUUUUCUUAUGAAAAAAGAAAAUUAAUUCUUAGCUGGGGUCCUCAUCAGCCUCAGAAAGAGGAUAUGUCCAAGAACUGUUUUCCUAUGCGAAACAAUAGGAGUUUUCUUCCUUCGUGGUAUAAAAAAACAUUACCUGAGGCACUACCAGCUCAAGAGAAUGGCUUUCAUAUUCGUGCAGUACAGACCUCUGUUUGGGUCACGACAGGGUUUGGCACAUGGAGCAAGGCAACACAGAGACUAAUUAUGCAUGAGACUUCUUCCUUUCAUGUUGAAGCUUCUCUUAAAUUAAAAUUAGAAGAUCAGUGUGUGCCUCUUCAACCUUCAAUUCUUAGAGCAAGGAACACAUUUGUUGCUACGAACCGUCUAAUUGUCACAGCAAUUAUUGACAUAAUUCUCUACCUUGCUCAACACUCUUUGGCUCUAAGAGGUCACAGAGAAAAUUGGGAGACCAAUUUACGUGGAAAUUUUAAAGAUUUGGUUUGUUUAUUGGGAAAGUAUCACCCUGUUCUUGGAUCAUAUAUAGCUGGCCAACGUUUAAAAAAAAAAACAAAAUAUGAUUUCAUAUCGUGGAGAAGGCAAAAUGAACUCAUUGACGCAAUGGCUGGAUACACUCGUGGUGUCAUUCUAAAACAAAUUAAGUGUGCUAAGUUUUUCAGUAUAACAUUAGACAGUACAUUUGAUAAUUCUAGAAAAGAGCAGCUCUCCUUUGUGAUUCGCUACAUUCAUGAUGAGACUGCCGAAGCCCAUGAAAGGUUAAUCAGUAUGAAAGAAUGUGCAAAUACUUCGGCACAAAAUAUAUUUGAAAUAGUAGAACAAAUAUGUGCUAUAUAUUCUUUAGAUUGGAAGCAAUACUUGGUUGGACAGUCCUUCGAUGGUGCAAGUAAUAUGCGUGGUGCAUAUAAUGGACUUCAGGCCAUAAUUAAACGUUCUAAUCCGGCUGCAGUUUUUGUUUGGUGCUAUGCACAUCGGCUUAAUUUAGUUGUUAUUGAUGCGGUAAGCUGUUCACCCAAUGCAGUUGAUAUGUUCGGGAUUUUAGAAUCUAUUUAUGAUUUUAUAUGCUCAAGUAAGAAACGAGUGGCCUUAUUUGAUGAAUUUCAAGAAAAAAUAUAUGGAAGUACACAACGUAAACGACGCUUCAAGAGAGUAAAAACUACUCGUUGGUGGUCCCAUGAUCAUGCGCUCAAUACUGUUUUAGACACGUUUGAUGCUUUAUGUGAUACCUUACAAAAUAUCCAAAAUAAUGAAUGUUCAAGUGAUCGCAAAGGUGCUCAUCAGGCUCGGAGUUUAAAAGAAAAUAUCAUUAAAAUGCUGCAGGCCAAAGACAUAGAUCUUAUCGGAGUUAUUGAUCUAGUUAAAGAAAAAAUACAACACUUAGAAACAUGUAGAAGUGACAUAGAAUUUUCCACUGUCCUUAACCAAGUCGAAGAGUUCAAAAAGUUUUCAAUUAACGAAUGUGAAGAUUUUAAGCCGAUUCCACAUAAUCGGAUUAGACGGGUACCACGUAAAGCUGACGAAAUAGCUGUAGACGAAGUUAUUGAAGACCCAUUGCAAAAUUAUAAAAUUAAAACAUAUUUUAUAGCAUUUGAUACAGCUAUUACUCAGAUAAAAGAAAGGUUCAAUGAAAUAUCCAGUGGUUUAUUUAAGGAUCUGUCAUUAUUUUCUCGACGUCGCAUGGAAGAAAUAUCUAAUGAUCUCAAUAAAUUGCCAGUUGAUGCAUUUAAAGUAUUUUCUGAUACAUAUAGUAAAUUUGUUGAUAAGGAAGAUUUAAAAAGAGAAUAUGUACAAUUCAUAAAAUGUUAUUUUAAUUUUGAAAAAGUUAAGCUAAUUCCAACCCGUCUUCAUGAUUCUCAAUCAGACACCGAAGAUGAAUCUAUUGACCAUUUACAAAGCGACUUGGAAGAUUCUCAGAACACAGUAGAAGAUUUUACUAUCCCCAAGCUUCCUUUAAAUGGAUGCAGUUUAUCAACAGUAUUGAAGGUUGUUAAAAUAAGUGGUUUACAGUCUGUAUUUCCUGUCCUAAGCAUAGCUUUGAAAAUUGCUGUAACAUUACCUGUUGCUAGUACUACACCAGAAAGAACUUUUUCCAAACUAACAAUAAUCAAAAAUAAACUACGCAGUACCAUGACUGAAGGUCGCCUUGAAAAUUUAAUGGUACUUUCAUGUGAAAAUGACAUUAAAAUUGACUCAGACACUGUUAUUAACACAUUUGCCAAUAACAGCAGCUUGUUGCAAAAAGCUUUAUUAUAUUAA